AAAUAAGCCUGGUGACCCCUCAGUUCCCGUGGAGCUCUAUAUCCAUAGGAUCUUGUGUUCUCCAUUAUGUUGAUGGGUUGUUAGGCUGUGGAAGGCUCUGCUGAGGGAGGCAGUGAUGAAUGGUGUGAAGGUACCAGCCCUGGUGCGUCUCUCCAAGCAGCUGCAAAGCCUUCGAGCUGUGCCAGCACGGCCGUGCAGCCUGGCUGCCUGCUCCCAGAAAAAAGCCAGGAAUGCUGCCUUGCAUCCGCUGUGGCAGAGCCCGCUGACAAUUCCUGGAGGCACCCGGCAGUCUCCCAUCAACAUCCAGUGGAGGGACAGUGUUUAUGAUCCCUUCCUGAAGCCUCUGAAAAUCAGCUAUGACCCAACCACCUGUCUUCACAUCUGGAACAAUGGCUACUCCUUCCUGGUGGAGUUUGAUGAUUCUACUGACAGAUCAAUCAUCAUUGGAGGGCCCUUGGAAAACCAGUACAGGCUAAAGCAGUUCCACUUCCACUGGGGAGCUAUAAACGACUGGGGCUCAGAGCACACUGUUGACAGUAAAUUUUACCCAGCAGAGCUGCAUUUGGUGCACUGGAAUGCUGUGGAGUACCCGAGUUUUGAGGAUGCUGUGAUGGAAGGGAAUGGCUUGGCUGUUAUUGGAGUGUUCUUAAAGCUGGGAGCACGGCACGAAGGGCUGCAGACCCUGGUGGAUGCCCUGCCAGCAGUCAGACACAAGGACACUGUGAUCGAGUUUGAUGUCUUUGAUCCCUCCUGUUUGAUCCCUUCCUGCCCUGAUUACUGGACCUAUGCCGGCUCUUUGACCACUCCCCCCCUCACUGAAUCAGUCACGUGGAUCAUUAAGAAGAAGCCAAUAGAGGUGGAUGAAGACCAGAGAUUUAUGACUGCUUCAGCCCAGGAUCUGGGGAGGAAUCCUGGCAUUAACAGCCACUAAUACUGAAAGACCUAAGACCUCUCCAAGAUGUUUUUGCAGCUUUAUUGAGCUUUUCUGACUAUUCUCAAGAGUUUUAUCUUCACCUGUGAUACACAAUUCUGAAACCUGCCCCUUGCAAACUUGGGAGGUUUUAGGAAUUUACUGGAAUGCUGUGUAAAUUUGCUCUCCUUAGCGUGAUGCAGCCUUUUUUGUGGAGGGAAGGGAAAAAGAGAAGAUUUUGUGAAAUGGAGAUUGUUAACAGAGAACUGCAGGCAUAGUGUGGCAUUCUUUUAAAUUGAAAUUUUUCUCAGUUUUUCUUUUUUUCUUGGCUGUUUACUCUCCUUUUUUCAUGGCAUAGCAGUGACUUACCAUUGGCAUGGCCUUGUGAGCACUAAAAGCUGAUCUGCUGCAUACUUUAUUUUAAUCCCAGUGAGAGAACAACUCUGGGGAUUGGUGCUUUUUGGGGUUCCCUCUUCUCUGGGUGCCAGCGAGGGUGUAAACAGAGGUUGGAUGAAGUAUUUGAAUGGAAAUGGCUCUCAGGUGUGCCACAUUUGGGGUUUAAUUUCCCUAAGGAUGGCAGAUGACUGAUAAUUCUCCCAUGCUGGUGUGGAUAAUGGGAUAGUCUUUACCAGCAGGUGCCAAAGGUGUUGGUGCUAAAA